AUGAUCACAAUAUUUUACUGCUACUUCAAAAUCUACAAGGUCGUGAGAGAAAGCAAGGAUAUUUUAAAGGCACACGCUGAUGGAAACAGAGUCCGCCCAUCAAAUGAUUCCCGCCGUUCAGACAUCACCGACGUGAAAGUUUUAAAGGCGUGCUUUACUGUGGCUUGUUUCUACGUUGUAACAUGGACUCCAAUUUCCAUUAUCGCCAUCACGUGGAAUGCAGGAUUUGACUUUGGACAGCAGCUCAGCACAGCAAGUACUUUCCUAAUGUUCUCGAGUAGUUUUGUUAAUCCCUUCAUCUACGGAAUUAUGAAUCCGCAGUUCAAACUAGCUUUCAAGAUGGCACUUAAAUGUGGCUGCUAUGGCAGGGGGAAUAAAAAUCAGAGUCAAACAGGAAAUAGUGUAAGACGCGUGGUUGUAACAGGAUUAGAGACUGCAUUAUAA